CGCGCGACGCGGUGUGAGGCGGCGGCAGGGGGUAAGAUGGCGGCGCCCGUCCUGCUGCGAGUGUCGGUACCGCGCUGGGAGCGGGUGGCCCGCUCCGCCGUCUGCGCGGCCGGCAUCCUGCUCUCCCUCUACGCCUUCCACCUGGAGCGGGAGAAAGGCCGCGACCUCCACUACCAGGCCCUCUGCGACUUCAGCGAGCGGGUCCGCUGCUCCGCCGCCAUCGCCUCCAGAUGGGGUCGAGGAUUCGGUCUGUUGGGUUCCAUCUUUGGAAAGGACAGUGCAAUAAAUCAGUCAAACAGUGUUUUUGGACUCGUGUUUUAUAUACUACAAAUGCUACUUGGUAUGACAGCAAGUGCAGUAGCAGCUCUAAUCCUCAUGACAUCCUCCAUAGUGUCUGUAGUAGGGUCAUUGUACUUGGCAUAUAUUCUGUACUUCGUGCUGAAGGAAUUUUGCAUUGUCUGCGUCAUCACAUAUUUGCUGAACUUCAUUCUCUUUAUCAUCAACUACAAACGACUUGUUUAUUUGAACGAGGCCUGGAAACGGCAACUCCAACCCAAACAGGAGUGACACCUGUUUGAACUUUUGACUGACAGUCUGAAGACCCAACUUCCAUUAAGUUUAUUUUGCAGUAAUUUUUUAUUCUCCAUAUCAGACACUUUCCCUGAGUAUCAUAACUGAAUUUUUAAUUAUAAAUUUGAAGGGGCCCUAGAUUUUUUUUUUUUGUGCUAAUCUUCAAUUUAAAAUGUGGUUAUGAAAGAAAGGUCUAAUACAAUCAAAGACAAGCUUUAACUUUACUUUGAAGGAGUUUUAGCCACAGCAAAGCCUAGACUCUCUUCCCCCUCCACUUGUGAAAUGGGUAACACUUGCUAUAAAAUACCCUGUAUAUAAAUUCAGGUGUAACAAGAUGUGGUCAUGACAUUAAAUAUUCUAGACUAGCAUUACCAUAUUUAAUGUUGCCAUGUUUACAGUAUGUGUAUUACUUUUUAUUUUUAGCUGAUGGACUUAGAUUUGACUAGGACUUAUACUGUAAAUAAAACUAGAAGUACUGAUUUCAUCCCUGGAGAACUCACUGUACAAUCAGUUUUGUUAGCCUAGGAGCUGUCAGCUAAUGGUUGACUGACCUGAUGGAAGAAGCGACCUCUCUAGAGAACACCGUGAUGCUGCACUCACUGCCAGUGCUUUCACAAGGAUGAUGGUUGGAUUUUGUUUCAUUUUUUCUUCUUUUUUGUCUCCAGUAAUGAAAAUGGAAUUAAAUCUGAAACCUGAAGUAAUGUUCAUUCAACCACAACUCCGUUAAUUUCUGUACAGAAUGAAAAAAAGCUUAAUGUGGUCAAUAGAAAGCUGCCACCGGGAUAUUGAAUGCAGAUUGGGGGUUGAUGUAUUCAAGAGCAUUCUUUGAAAGGACUUGAUUUCCACACAGAGCUGUUUCAUUUUUCAGUUGUGCUCAGCCAGUGUUACUGAUGUCUGAUGUUGUAUGAAUACUGCAGUCGAAUUGCAGUUUGCAGUAGAAACCACUGACUGAGUGGGAUAAGCAAGCAGUGCACUGAAAAAGCAGUUACUUAAUUGAUCUUUGUCAGGAUCUUUGGUUUGUGCUAUAUUGGGAAAUGAACUUUGGGCCUGACACACAUAAGAUCCCUUGGAAGGGCAACCUGUUUAGUGGGAUAAGUGAGUAAAUGUGCUCCUGGAAGUGAAAUGUGAUAUAGUGCUAUCAUUGCUCUUUCUAAUAACUAAUUUGAAAAAAAAAAAUAAAUUAAACUGCGGAUUUAAACAAAGGAACAAAAUUUUAAAUGGUGUUUCUGCACUCAGUGUUCUAAGGCUGAAUGUUAAAAGUGCCUUCUGUCUUAAAAUCCUAAACCAAAUAUUUUGUGUUAAACUUGGCAGGCAGAAGUGUCCUUGCUUUGAAAAUGAACAAACAAACAAACAAAAUUCCAAGCAAACUUGCUGGGGAUAGAAGAGUAUUAAGAGUUCUAUUUUAGUUCUUAGACUGAGAAGUGGUAGCAAUGUUGUUUCAGUUAAAUCAGUGCAACAGAAAGUUGAUAAUGUGAUUUGGUGAAGUUACAAUACUUGUGUUUCAGACUCUGUGACACCAACGUGUCAGUUCAGCUACUUUCUGCAAUUGGUGCUGUGCUGUUUUUUGCCCUUGGCAGCUUUUAAAUAUGAAGAAUUCCAACUGCAUACCCAUUUAUUUAAAGAAUUAGUUUAACAAAUUUAGGAUUUUUUUUUCUUAAACAUGAAUGUCAAACUCUUAUGUGGCUAAGUGGAUUGCAAACACUAAGUUGCUGAGGAUAAACUUGACUGUGAAACAUGGAGUGUUUGGUAGAGAAAAUAGAUUAUUUUUUUUAGAUGGAAUUCACAAAAUAGUAUUUAAAUUACUACUGAAGUAAUUUUCUGGUUUGUAUCAAGGAUGUAGGUGGAAACUGCAUUGAUGUAUAGAGUUCUGUGGUAUCAGUAUCAUCUGUUGCAUGUAACACUAAAUUACUUGUCCCUCUUGUCUAACAGUUUUAGACAACAAUUCAUUAAAUGCGUUUUGUAUUGACCAGAGUAUAGUUAAAGCUUGUCUUGAUGUUUAGUUCUGUCUCUCAAAUGCCUUGAACUUUGGUGUGAGGAGAGUGAAUGAUGUUAAAGUGCUCCCUCAAGGCUUUACUUUGUUCUCUAAGAAGCUUUGAGGCAAUAUCACUGCUUAGUGUGUUGUGAAUUUUUUAUUUUGAUGCAUUCCUGUGAUCUACACUAAGGCAUCUUCUCAUCCAAGGAAGAGGUGAACACAUGCUGCCUGAAACCUUUAAUUGCAGUGAUAGUAUCUCAGAACAAGCAGCAAAUGGAGACAAGUAUAAUCCAUGAUUACUUGGUCCAAUUUCUGGGUGUAAUGCACACAGAAAAAAAAAAUAAAGGAAAAAAAAGCCCCAUCAGCUGAAAGUAUAGGUGUUGACUAACUUCACUGUGUCUUGUGCUUGUCUGUGUGGGCAUAGUCUGUUAAUUCAGUUUGUUUAGUAAAACUGUUCAGGGCCAGAUUUUCAGCAGUCAUGUCUGCAGUGCUUGGUUGUGUGCACGUAGGGAUCAAGUGGAAACUGAGUUUGGUCUCUGGAAGAACUAGGAGCUACACUUUGUGCAGGGACUUCAAAUCUGAUCCUUAAUUGUGAACUCUGUUGUCUUGUGUGCUGUUCUUGCAGUUACUUUUUACUGGAAGUGAUUUGCUAGAGAUGGCCCUAACUCUUCUACUUUCUGUCUUGUGCUUCAGAAAUGCAGUUGGCCUGAAUAAAGGGCAGAAUUAUCUUAUCAGUAGAAAUUUGGACCUUUUUGCUUCCAGUUCUUUGAUUCUUUCCUCACUGCUCCCACUGCUAGAAAGAGCAUAUUUCUUCCAGUAAAACAGCUCAGGUUACAAUUAGUGAUGUGAUGGAAAUCACAUGAGUGCUUCAUGCAACUGCCCCCCCUAACCCCAAACAAAUGUCAUGGCAGAUGCUUGUGGUUGAUUUUAAUUUGAGCCUUACAAAUCCAAGGCAAAUUCUGAGAAAUCUAGAGGAUACAAGAGUGUGGGUAAAAUAAGCUAGUAACUAAUACCUGGUCUGGCAAAGGGAUGAGGAGGCAGUAUCGUUACCCAGAUUCUGGUUGUGGUAUCAACACUUGUGAGAGCAGAGGAGGAGGGGGGGGAUGUUGUGGUGGGGAAAUCUACAGUCUACAAAUAGUGAGUCUGAAUUUGGGCUCUUGCUCCUCCUCCCUGGCUCUCAGAAGUUUUGCAGGGAGAGGUGGAUUGGAAAAGCAAAAGAACCUUGUCCCAAAACCUGCUUAGGAAUUAAACAUUCCUGAAAUCUUCUUACUGUAAGACACUUGCUACUCUUAAGGCCAGCAAAGCGUUAAAGUCAUGUUUAGGAAAUCAGUGCUCUCAGAAGUUGCUUACUGUGAAGUGUUUGCAUUGUGAAGGCCAAUGAAGCAUUCCCUACCACCUUUGAUACCUAAAGUGACAGGAAACCUCUCUUAUUAGGAGGUUUCUGCAUACUGCAGUGCACAUUUGUCUUCUGCUGUACAGAGUCUCUUGAGCAUUGAAAACAAUUGGUGAGGUGCUUCAGGCAGCACUUGAUGCUCCAAAUUCAUAUGGGCUACAGUCAGAUCUGAUAGCUUUGGUUCUGCCAGUGUUGUUUAAAUGUGAUCUAGACAACACUGGUCCAGAAAAGAUGAAGUGUUUUGUUACCUUAAAACUGUAUUAAGCAUGGCCUAAAUAUUAGGUGUUUAUUCCGUAUAGUAUGUUCCAUCAACUAUUAAUUACUAGUGCUUUAAACUCCAAAUUAAACAUCCAUUGAACUGGAGUAAUUGGGCAGAUGUUCCUUUUAUCAAAAUAGGUUGAGAUUCUCUGGAGGUUUAGGAUACAAUUUUGCUAACAGGUAAAACAAUGUAAAUAUGUUCAAAUUCUAUUUGUUGCACAUAACUUUUUGGUAUAAAAAAUAAAUGUAGAAAUUACUUGUGGACGUCUUGCUGCAAUCAUUCUUAUGCUGCAUUCAUGCAGUCCAAACAAGAGCUUGAAUGAACCCAACCAGAGGCCUUUUUGGACUCAGUCUGAGCCUUAGAAAAUGUUUUUUAAGUCAGUACUGUAAUUCUGUUUCUAGAAAUGUACUAAGUUAUGGUUUAGUUCAAAGAUGCUGUGUCUUAGCAGUAGAAGGGUUAAGCACUUGGGUCCCCAGAAAUCCCAGAUUAUGGAAUUUCUGCAGCUUCACUGUGUCUUGCUGAAUGUGCUGUGCAUAUGGGUGUGUAAAGGUGGAGCAGCAUUGACUUGAGGCUUUAACUGUUUGCAGUUCUUUAAGCAACAUGCAAAAAAAUACCUGUUAAGUGUGUUAUUUUUAUUGCUUCCUGCUGUCUUGGUUCUGUUGUUCUGCUUUAACUCCACUCCGACAAGAUCUCAAAAGUAUCUGGAAUCUGCUGUAUGUUUUCCUGGAUCUGGGAGGAGAAGGAAGGAGCUGCUGGGGAAGGGUUGGAUAGGUGGGGUGAGUUUGAAAUUGUACUGAGCUGUUAAGAACAAGCAGGAACUGAGAGCCUGCAAUGUGUGGAUGUGAAACUUUGUCUCAGUUUUGUUGGACUGAACAUAAUCCCUUUCCCUUCUCAAAGCCCUGUGUGUUACCAGAGGGACCCGAGCCCUGCUUUGUAUUGUGUUAACAAUGUCAAAUCUUUAUCUGUAUUUUGAUGUGGCAGCUCUUUGGUGUCAUGUCUGUUGAAAUGGGGAAGAAAAUGGUUUAAAAAUAGAAUUAAGUUUAGAGAUCAAGAAGUUUGAAAUGGCUUUGAAAUGCUGGUAGUGGUGUUAAGUAUGGUACUGUCUCAUACCAUGGUACAUUUGAGCAAGUGUCUUCUUACUGCAGAUGGACUGAUAUUCUGGUUUUUUAGUUAUAUAGAAAAUCUGUAAACCUAAUGUGAUAGAACCA